AUGACAAGCAUUUACCUAGCAAAAGGUCCUCUGUCAUUCGACGAGAUUAAGGAAAAGCUGCUUUCGUUUCCAACGCCUCUCAUAGAGACCAGCUCUCCCAAUGACGCAGCUCUUACGGAUGCCAUUUCGACGUUAUAUCUCCAUCCCGCUUUCGAAGCUCUCUUGCAUAUCCUCAACCAAGACCUCGCGUCUGCUCACUUCCUCGUAAGGCAUAUGCAGUGCGAGCCAGAAAUUGAAGGAAUGUGGAUCCACGGCAUCCUCCAUAGGAUAGAAGGAGACGUACAAAAUGCAAGAGCAUGGUAUGCUGAUGUCUGUGAGACUGAUGUGUUUGAAAAGGUCUGGGGCAAGUCUUCAGAGGAAGAGAAGAAUGAAGCAGAUGCCGAGAAGGAUGGGGUCAGGACGGGCAAGCUGCCGAAUCAAAGGAAGGCAAGGGAAUUUUUGGAUUGUGUCGAGGCCGUGCGCGAUGGCGACUUGAACGCAAAGCAGGAGCUUGAGAAAGACGCCAGGAGGGAAGUCGAGACAUUGCUGGAGUGGUGUGGGCAGAAGUUCGGGACCGAGAAGAACUUGGACGCAUCGAAAGCUUGGGUGCAGCCAGGUGGAAAUUCUGAUGUCGGGCAGAAGAAGCAGAGUAUGCUCACUGGUGGAGACGGCUUCAGGAAAUUCUGA